GCCCAUGUGGGAUCCUAGUGCGUACAAGGUGAGGACUUUAGCUGGUAGGCUACAAUGGCAGGCCCACAUGCUUUAUUUAGAGAGAGUGUUUUAGACAGUGGACAGAACGAGAGUUGCGUUUCUGGCAUCCUAGUUUUGAGUUCAGUUUCUCCCUGUCUGUACACCCUGGAACAAGCGACUUCUCUGAGCCUUUGCUCCCUGAGAGUGUGGGCCAGUGCUCCACUGUGCAUGGCAGGUGCACAGGCCUGGGGGUUGGGGAGGAGUUCUGUGGCUGACCUCAGCCACCUAGGGUGGGACCAUCUCAGGGCGUUCUUGUUCCUGUGUCCCUUGGGAUCAGCGGCUUAUGGCCCUGUCCCUUACAUGGCCCAUGGUUCUGUCUCUUGUAGUUCCCUUUACCAUGUUUGUUUUGUGCCUGGUAAGUGCCUUCAAGUGGGAGAAAGGCAAGGCCUUCGCUCCCUUCCUCUGGGCUUGCAGGUCUGACUGGGCCUUCCGGUCCCCUGCACCAACAUCCUGCCCAGGGACCACUCAGACUAGGGGUCUGAUACAGCGGCCCUCCUGCACCUGGAGGAAGGUGAAGGGACUGUGUGAGACAGCUUAGGAGUUUGGCCUCAGUGUCUUCCCUGAGAACCCAGCAGGGAGUUAGUGUGAAGGUGCUGGGAAACCCCUCCUUAUUCAAAAGAAUGGAGAGCAGCGGGAGUCCCAUCUUGAGCUGGCCUAGCCAGGGCACUGAGGGCCAUGUCUCUCCAACCCCAGUUGGAGGGACCAUGCCAAGCCUCUCCUCAGAACCCCCCUUUUCCCUGCAGUCCUUGAGCCUCAUCGAGAUCAGGAACCCUUCCCAGAGCCUGGAGAAUGUCUGCCACUGGGCUUGCCUGCAGCAGAAGCCAGACACAGACUACGACAAGUACCACGAUCAUGCCAUUUUCCUCACUCGGCAGGACUUCGGGCUGUCAGGCAUACAAGGUGAGCUGCCCUCAGGUGCUGGCCCUUGGGCACUCAACCUUGACAUGUAGCUGAUUGUGUCUUCUUGGUGGAGG